CUCACCUUCGACCUUCUCCUAUUCUAACAAUUUACCUACGCAUGCAAUUCCGACGCCUAUGGUCGAUUCAAGUUCUCCCCCCGCUCAGGGCUAUUCAGGACUUACCCUCCCGCAGACUGGGUAUCAUGCCGAUCCAAAGAACGGUAUGGGGGACGGCAAAAUCGACCUGGCGAAGAUGGGUAUAGCGCAGACUAGUAUGGCUACUGUGGAGGUCACACGAGGCGUUGCACAGAAUGUUAAUUCAUCCGGAUCGAAGAAGCGGAGAACUUUCUCAUUCCAGCUUUUCCGGAAAUCGAAAGACAAAGGCAAAACACCAGCUCACCUUCUCGAUACCCUGCCUGUUCCUGUUACGUUUCUUUCUCAUCUGCCGCCACCGUCCUUCGUUCCGUCUUCGCACGUGCUAGUGCAAGUCUUCGCAGUUGGACUGGAUGGCUUGGAUUCCUUCCUCGUACAAGAGAAGACUGUCAAUGGUGCAAAGGGAACAGGCUUCAUUCCCGGUCGGAGUAUCAUUGGCAAAGCGAUUGAGGUCGGAUGGGACGUCAAGGGCGACGUUUGUAGAAGAGGAGAGUGGAUAAUUGGUCUUCUCGACGUCAAGAAGUCAGGUGCACUGGCCGAAUUCAUUGUCAUGGAGCGGCAUAGAGUGCACAGGGCGCCACAACCACUAUCCCGACCGACGACGCUCUUCCCUUCCUCCCGUCGUACUCACGUUCGCUCGAUGUCCUUGCCUAGCCAGCUCAACCGCCAUCCAUUUGCGCAAAUUGAUCAGGACUUGAUCGCCUCAGCAAACUUGUCCAUCGAGGAGCUGGCCUUAUUGCCCAUCUGCGGUCUUCCUGCCCAUCGUGCAGUGCGCACUUUCGCGGAUGUCAUCUCGCCCGCUACGCCGAAGCCAGAUAGCGGAGAUCGGGCCAAAUACGUUCGCAUUCUGGUGCUGCAUGGUCAUGAUGGCCCUGGAGCGCUUGCAGUUCAGAUGUUCGCGAGAAGAGGGGUAAAAGUCUGGAUACAAGUUCCAGAUUCGGCGGCUCGGGACGACUCAAAUGAGGAGGAUAACGAUGACACAGAUGAGCCUGGCCCCUCCACAGCGGGACAGACGAAGGAGUCUCGGUUCGAGAGGCUACAAACCCGGUUGCGGGCUUGGGGUGCGGAGGCUAUAUGUGUUGGCGAGCCCCUAGAGGUUCUCGAAAGGCUGGCCGAGGAUGGGCGCUCCUUUGACGGAAUUCUCGACACAGUUGGCGGUGUUGAGAUCUGGGAGGCUGGACGGAAAGUGCUGCUUGCAGAUCCCGAGCAGGAUGCCACGUUGCAGACUUCGUCACCCAUGCCUUCUCCAUCCACCUCACCUUCGGCAUCUUCGCCCAAGGUCAGCUCGACCUCUAACAAGAGAUCGUUCACAGUCGCCCAGUUCACUACGCUCGUAGGCGACAACCCCUCACGCCCUGUACCUUCUGCGCAGGACCAUCUACGGUCCGGCUUCCGGUCGCUUAAGCGCACGAUGUCCACGGGAAGCAGGAGCAGGAGCAGCAGUCCAACGAGGUCGCCAUCAGCAGCCGCACUAUCGUCCCCCAGCAAGGACAGCCUCGGUCGGCUAUCGCGGCGACAUACUACUUCGACAAUCAAGGCGAAGAAGCGGACCGUGAGCUAUGUAUGGGUCAGCAUCGCCGCAGACGUUGACUUCGAAGGCGAAGACGUCCGAGACUCGCUCGGCGCCGUGGCGCACAUGGUCGAGAGUGGCUCCAUUCGCCCGUGGGUUGGCGACGGCCACGACGACAAUGGCCCACGUGUGGUGCCUUUUGACAAGUCACCUGAAGUCUUCAGGCGAGAUGGCGAAGGGCCCGUGGGGCCAUUAAAGGACGGCGGUACAUGCGUGGUGAGAGUUGUACCAUAAGUAAUUUUUACGAUCAUGAACAUUAUCAUCGGAGUUUUUGGUUGCUGUUUUUCUAAGUUGUAUGCAUAUUAAUCACUGUCACGCGACCCGACACCCCUAGAUUCCGUCUGCUACUUAUGACUUUUCAGGACAUCCCUCAUGACGCGUAUAACCUACGCCU